AUGGGUCGUAGAAUCCGUUCUCAGCGUAAGGGACGUGGAUCAGUCUUCAAGUCCCACAACAAGCACCGUAAGGGACCAGCCAAGCUCCGACCGGUAGACUUCGCCGAACGUCAUGGCUACAUUCGUGGUGUUGUGAAGGACAUUAUUCACGAUCCCGGACGUGGUGCUCCACUUGCCGUCGUCCAAUUCCGCAACCAAUACAAGUACAAGAAGGACAAGCAUUUGUUCGUCGCUGCUGAAGGUGUACACACUGGACAAUUCUUGUACUGCGGCCGCAAAGCUCAUCUUGGUGUAGGUAACAUCAUGCCUGUUGGUGAAAUGCCCGAAGGUACUGCUGUGUGUAAUGUCGAAGAGAAGACUGGUGACCGUGGACGAUUGGCUAAGUGCUCAGGUAUGUCUUGUUCGUUUUUUGUUAAUUAUUUAGGUAAAAACGAAGUGGAAUGUGCUUUAUAUUACCUUAGGUUAGAAAAGUUUUGGAAAAGUUAGAUUAUGACUUAUAACUGGUAGGAAGCUUGGUCUGUCUUUUUAGAGCUAGAUUCAGGUUUACUAGGGUCUUAUAAGUUAGGUUAGUUAAAGGUUGGUUAGUUUAUUUUGAAAGGUAGUUUGUGGCGGAUAGGAACCAGAUAAAGUCUAAUACUUAAUCUGGGCCGAUACCCCGCCGAUAGUGUACGAUGUUCGACGGUCGCAUUUUAAUUUUUAUAAGGAAAAUGCAAUUCAUUUGGACAAGACAUUUAAAACAUAAGAAUUAUUAAAUAUUGUCACAAAAAAUGGAAUAUCAUGUGGAAUAUUUAAUGAUUUUUGAUAGGUUUAGGUAGCGUAAGUAAUGUGGGAAGUAGUAGUUAAAUUAUUCUAGAAGCUUAUUUCUGCACAUGGGUGUAAGAUGCUGGCGGAUAGGAACCAGGUAAUGUAGUAUACUUUAUCUGGGCCGAUACCCCGCCAAAAGCAUUCGACGUAUGACGGUCGCAUUUUAAUUUUUGUAAUUUAAAUGCAAUUUUAAUCAGCGUGACAUUUAGUUUAAGGUUAAGACUUUUAGGUAAAUCUAGGUAUAGUAAUUUAGUGGACUUCGUGUAGUAAUGAGAAAUUUUUUAUGUAAAGGUUUGAGUAUGAGAAUAGUAGGCGGAUAGGAACCAGGUAGUGUCUUGUACGUUACCUGGGCCGAUACCCCGCCAAAAUCAUUCGAUGUUUGACGGUCGCAAUUUCGUCAGUUAAUGAUUUUAUUGCAAUUCUAUUGAGCAUGACAUUCGGCAUAUUGAGAAAUGUAGAAUAUUUUUAAUUUAUACUUUUUAUUUUUUUUACUUUAUUAAUUUAUAUUUUGCAGGUAACUACGCCAUCAUUGUCGCUCACAACAAAGACUCCAAAAAGACCCGUAUCCGUCUCCCAUCCGGUGCCAAGAAGGUCGUCCCCUCCGCCAACCGCGCUAUGGUCGGUAUCUGCGCCGGUGGUGGCCGAACAGACAAGCCUUUGUUGAAGGCUGGACGUGCUUACCACAAAUACAAGGCCAAGAGAAACUGCUGGCCAGUUGUGCGUGGUGUUGCCAUGAACCCUGUAGAGCAUCCUCAUGGUGGUGGUAACCAUCAACACAUUGGUCACCCAUCGACAGUCAAGAGAGGCACAUCAGCUGGUCGCAAGGUCGGUCUCAUCGCCGCCCGCCGUACCGGAAGAAUUCGGGGAGGAAAACCAGAAAAGAAGGGCAAAGACGAAGCUAUCUAA